AUCUCAAACGAGCCAACGAUAUUCUUCUGUGUCCUUGCAAAGGAGAUGUGACCCGCGGAAUGGAUAGAAUAAGGUCGCCCAAAGCAGCCAAGUUCCGCUCAUUAUUGAGGAUCGCCGUGUCCGAGAUCCGCCGGAAUGACUGGAUGAAACGAUCCGGGAUGUGCGGACGUUCUGGGCCAGACAAUGUCAUGGAGAAAGUGUUCCACGUCGGACGAAGCUACAGAUGCUUCUAACCGUCCGAAUCGGCUUGUAAAUGCCAUCAGCAAUGAACGUCCAUGUGCAUGCUAUGGGGUAGUCUUGAGCAGGACGGGUAUGAGUGU